AUGGCAUCAACAAAGUUCCCCCACGGCUCAGCCUGUCAGCUCAUCGAGCCUACGGUAGAGCUCGAGGCAAAAUUGCACAAGUCUACUCUUCUCUUCACCAGGCCCGAGCUGACACGACAUCCUACCGACCUCUCAGCAAUAUGGAAACCUCAGAGGGGUCCGCAGCUCUUCGACACAUAUAACGAGCCAACCACUUGCCUCUCAACCGAACCGCACGAACAAGCCGUCAAAGACCCGGUACAACAUUAUUUCGGUUGCAUCGAGAUCUGCCAGCGGCCCGAUUUCUUCAAGGAAUCGAAUCAUGUCUGGGUCAAUGAGCGUGAGAUUGAGCGUAAGAAGCUCGGGAUGGCAAUGGACAAUGCUCAAAGACCUCUUUCGACGGACGAAAUCAACGCGAAGCUCGAUGAGACGAUGAAGAAAAGAAUGAUUAACGUGGCAAUUGCAAUUGAGGCCCGGUACAAACGAACCGAGGUAAUGCGCCGGGCUAUCAUGAAACCUCCGUCGUCGGGUGGACAGCCAGGUCUUGUCGCCAACGUGCAGAGGAGUCGUCAUAAGUGGAUGACCUCUGAGAAGUUCGAGGAUGGUAUUCCAACCGUUCGGAAAUGGAGGAAGGGGCCCCAAGGGAAACACAGGCCCAUCGAUGAGGUAAAGGUUGGAGAACACACAGUUUCUGACAGGAUCCAGACCGGACGCGAAGAGGUUCAACGCUUCAUCGAGCAACAUGGGAUUAAUAAUGACCGAAAUUUCGCUCCCGGAGACCUAGAGUACAGCAUUGAACGAGACGUCUACGCCCAUCUCAUCGAAUUUAUCGUUCAAGAGGAGCAGAUCCAGGCUUCACCCGGUACUGAUUCAUCAUCCACCAUCAGACAGUUCUUGAAACCAGCCAACGACGAACUCACCGAUGUUGGGGUCAGGGGAACGUUCCCUGACCAGCGCAUCUCAAUGAAUCGGCUCCUAAACAAUGGGAGAGAUCUAAAAAAUGAGCAAUGUAACCCGAAGGGAGACUGGAAUAUCCUACGGCGGGACAGAAAUGAAGACCUGGCGGAGCCCCGCAGGAUCCGAUAUCUUCAUGUCCCUUCGAACAAUAUGGCGAAAGUCAUCGCGAACUACUACGCCGAUGCAAAGCCGGAUGUGAGAAGCAAAGGACAGAGCCCAGCCAUUCAGACAUCGACCCAGCUGCUUCUGCGGCCUCAAUACUGGCAUGGACAACAGCAAGGAACUCGAAGUGGUAUUGUGCAUGCCAGACACAUGCGCCCUCUGUGUGAGAUGGUAUCGUCUGACACGGGCCAAAUUGAGCAGAGUUCAAAGAACAUUGUCCUGUUUAGGAUCAUUUCAGAAAUCGACAAAGCCAAACAGCUUCGGUUACAACGGUUAUCAACAGCAAGGCCCUUGACCGAGCACCACGCCUUUGCGGACCUUCAUGGCUGCGAAGAGUGCAGGCAAAAUAUCAUGCAGGUGCAACGACUGAUAAUGGUUGACCAGAUAUGGAUGUGGAUCCUUGACGAGCAAACCAUCAUUACAUCUUUCCCACAAAGCUGGCAAAAGAACGCUAAGCAGACCAUCGAUGGCAUUCACGAGUCAAUUCGUGUUCGGCUGAGACCCUUAGUGACAACGCAGAUCGACGACCAGUUAUUGACUGUUUCCCUUUGGGCAGAGCCAAUUCCAAGUCCUGGAUACAUUUUCGGAGGUCAUUGGACGUGUUCGUUACAUCUUCCUCUGCUAGACAACACCGAUGAAGAGAAACUCCAACAAGAACUUCGCGAAGCAAUGGACGACCUGGAUGUAAUGAUCGACAUACAUGACCAACAGAAAGAUAUAAUUCGGCGAUUCUGCCAAUAUGCUGAGCACAAUCUGUCCAAAGAAGAGGAGAAACUGCACCGGUUCAAGGAGCAGUCCAAGGAUCUACUAUAUAAGUUAAGCAACCAGCUGAACGAACUGCAAAGAUUGAGGAAGUGGGCACAAAGUACAGCGGAGGCCAUGGACGACCUAAUCUCGCAAAAGCAGCAACAAGCCAGUCUAGUACAGGCAUGGGAAUCAGUCAGACAAGCCGACGAGUCCACCAGCCAGGGGCGAGCGAUCAUGAUGUUUACUGUAGUGACCAUCGUCUUUGUACCUCUUUCCUUCAUCUCGAGCAUAUUCGGGAUGAAUAACAUCGAGUUCACUGGCCAAGGCCCUAUGACUCUGAAUGAGCAGUUCAAACUCAUUAAAACACUGAGAGGAAUUGCAUGGUCCACGGUGGUGGCAGUUUACAAGUACCUAUCCACGGUGGUGGCCGUUUACACGGGGAUCUACGAGAUUUGGCUCGCAUUUCGUCGCCAAGGACGAUCUCCCCAUGAGAUGUUCAUACGUACAAUGGAGAUUAAGAUAGACCAGAUGAAACGCGACGUGGAAAGAGAAGGAAGACGGGAAGAACGCCGAAAGGAGUUCGAGAGGAGGACUGGACAUAAGCUCGCAGGAGGGAUAGAACAACCCCAAAGUCCUUAUCGCAGCAGGCGCUUGAGCCUUUUUCGACCGAGAGAACUUCCCGCUAUCCCUGGUGGACAUGCAGCAGAUGGUGACGGUAACCCAACGGGGGCUUUUGCUCUGGAAAUGGGUCCUGUUGAUACAGGAAGUAGGAUUAUCGACAGGCGAGCGCGCGGAGAGAGGGCACAUGCAGUCAUCGAAGAAGAAGAACAGAGAACCAGAGCCAGCCAGGACGGUGUUCGGGACAGAUUGCAUUGA